AUGUGUGGCGGCACUACGAAGACAGCAAACCGGCCAGGGGCCCGGCAGGAUUCAGCCAGAUGUGUGUGCGGUGCUGGUUCUGGUGCUGCGAGGACUUACAAGACGCUUUUACGCACAAAGACUCGAAAACGUGCCAGGGUAGGAAGGGGCACUGAUCGCUCGGAACUCAGCAACAGUUGGUCAUGUUCGGAGUUUGACCUGAAUGAGAUUCGCCUGAUAGUUUACCAGGACUGUGAGAGAAGAGGAAGACAAGUCUUAUUUGAUUCUAAAGCGGUUCACAAGAUUGAAGAGGUAGCAACUCAGAAAACAGAGGAUGUGUCUCUUAAAAUGUCAGCCAAGUGCUGUCAAGGAAGCGGCGGCGGUGGCAGCAGCAGCAGCACCUCUUCCUAUAGUUCUUCCGGGGCAUCUUUACAACAUGCUAAGGAGCAGCUUCCAAAGUACCAGUACACAAGACCCGCUUCUGAUGUCAACAUGCUAGGGGAAAUGAUGUUUGGCUCGGUUGCAAUGAGUUACAAAGGCUCCACUUUAAAGAUACACUAUAUACGUUCUCCUCCACAACUGAUGAUUAGUAAGGUGUUCUCAGCUAGAAUGGGCAGCUUCUGUGGGAGUACAAAUAACUUACAAGACAGCUUUGAAUACAUCCACCAGGAUCCUAAUUUGGGAAAACUCAACACAAAUCAGAAUAACUUGGGUCCUUGUCGUACUGGAAGUAACCUAGGUCUGCUGCAAGCAUGCGGCAGCAAACUGCUACAGGGCGUAGCUGAAGGAGGACCUCUCCGGCUCACCCGGAGCGCUUCUUUCUUUGCAGCACAUAGCACUCCAGUUGACAUGCCAAGCAGAGGACAGAAUGAAGACCGGGACAGCGGUAUUGCUAGAUCAGCCUCACUUAGCAGCCUUUUGAUUACGCCUUUUCCAUCUCCAAGCUCCUCCACAUCCUCUUCCAGUAGUUACCAGCGCCGCUGGCUUCGAAGUCAGACGACAAGUUUGGAAAAUGGCAUCAUUCCAAGGAGGUCAACUGAUGAAACAUUCAGCCUGGCUGAAGAAACCUGUAGUUCUAAUCCGGCCAUAGUUCGGAGGAAGAAAAUUGCCAUAAGCAUCAUCUUUUCUCUGUGUGAGAAAGAAGAAGCACAAAGGAAUUUCCAGGACUUCUUUUUUUCUCAUUUCCCCCUUUUUGAGUCUCACAUGAACAGGCUGAAGAGUGCAAUUGAAAAGGCCAUGAUCUCCUGCAGGAAGAUAGCAGAAUCAAGUCUCCGUGUCCAGUUUUAUGUCAGCCGUCUGAUGGAAGCUCUGGGAGAAUUCAGAGGAACUAUCUGGAACUUAUAUUCCGUUCCAAGGAUAGCUGAACCCGUAUGGCUUACCAUGAUGUCCAGCACCUUGGAAAAAAACCAGCUCUGCCAGCGCUUUCUCAAGGAGUUUACACUUCUGAUAGAACAGAUCAACAAAAAUCAGUUUUUUGCUGCCUUACUGACUGCAGUGUUAACCUACCACCUGGCCUGGGUACCGACUGUCAUGCCUGUUGAUCACCCUCCCAUUAAAGCCUUCUCAGAGAAACGCACCUCUCAGUCAGUGAACACGCUGGCCAAAACACAUCCAUAUAAUCCUCUCUGGGCACAACUGGGCGAUCUUUACGGAGCCAUUGGCUCUCCAGUGAGGCUGACUCGCACGGUGGUGCUGGGGAAGCAGAAGGAUCUGGUCCAACGCAUACUUUAUGUCCUGACCUACUUUCUCCGUUGCUCUGAGCUGCAAGAGAAUCAGCUGACCUGGAGUGGGAGUCACAGUGAAGGAGACCAAGUGUUAAAUGGGAGCAACAUCACCACAGCCUUGGAGAGGGGAGAAGUAGAGGAGUCUGAGUAUGUGGUUGUCACAGUGAGAAGUGAGCCUGCUCUGCUUCCCCCCAUCCUGCCACCCUCGAUGGCUGAGGGAAGGAGCCCCAAGCCUGAGGGGCUGGGUGUGUCCCCAGAGGGCACUGACAUUAGAGACCUGUGUCCCAAACCUGACAAAGAAGGAAACAAAAGGGCAGAGCAGAGUUCUCAAGUCUGCGGCGUGGAAUUCCAAGAGCCAGCAUCGGGCAGCUCCUGGAAGUCUCAGGGUGCAUUUUGUGGGGAGGAAGAAAGUGAAAAAGAGGCACCACGAGAUGACUCUUCAAGACUCUCCAACUGUGAAGGGUUGGGGGCAGGAGUGAAGAUCGGCCAGCGAACUGUCAGUGAAGAGUUGAAAGGGGAGAUGCCCAAGAAACUCUCAGACCGGUCAGCAGCCUGGCCUUGCCCUGACAGACAUUCCUGGGAGAAGCCUCCUUUAGAAAAGGUCACUUUCCAAAUUGGAAGCUCCGUAUCUCCAGAGUCUGACUUCGAAAGCCGCACACAAAAAAUGGAGAAGCGGCUAAUGGCCUGUAGACAGUAUCCAGAGUUAGCCUGCCAUCCCUCAGCGGAGUCUGGGAUGGCCGCUGACCUGGCUCAGGACCAGCAGGCUUCUCGGUGCUCCUUUACACCUGGCUUCCAAAAGAACAUCCCCUGUCCUCAGAACCCAUCUUCUGAGAGGGAUGAAGGUGAACUUGAGAGGGGUUUUGCUGAGGACAGAGGCGUCAGAAGCGAGCUUGUGGCAGAUGCCGCUGGGCAGCCUGGCCAGUGUGCUGACACGUUGGCACCUGAUGGCGGUGCCGCAGGAGCUGGAACGAGGAUUCUGGAGAAAACAAGAGGUUUGUAUCUGAAGGCUGCGGAGGGACCUUUGAUACAGCCUGUUCCAAGCAGGUGUGCACAGCAGGACUCUGGCUUCUCAGGCGCUGCAGAUGUCCCCUGUGGGGAUGCUGACAGGAAGGCCAACUUCAGGAUGGAAGGAGACAUUCCCAGGAACGAAAGCUCAGAUAGCGCUCUUGGAGACAGUGACGAGGAGGCGUGUGCUUCAGCCUCGCUGAAUCUAGAGCACAGCGAUGACUGGACUGAAGGAGCCUUGGAAGUGGAGCUGCCUCUGCCCAGGUCUCAGAGCAUUAGCAACACAAACGUAAGAAACUUUGGCCGCUCACUUCUGGCGGGUUAUUGCCCCACGUACAUGCCUGAUCUGGUGCUUCACGGGACCAGCAGCGAUGAGAAGCUGAAGCAGUGUCUGGUGGCCGAUCUGGUCCACACAGUCCAUCAUCCAGUGCUUGAUGAGCCGAUAGCCGAAGCUGUCUGUAUUAUCGCAGACACGGAUAAGUGGAGUGUCCAGGUAGCCACAAGUCAGAGGAAAGUGACGGACAGCAUGAAACUGGGCCAGGAGGUCUUGGUCUCUAGUCAGGUGUCCAGUUUACUUCACUCCAUUUUACAGCUUUACAAGCUUCACCUCCCUGCUGAUUUUUGCAUCAUGCAUCUUGAAGACAGACUACAGGAGAUGUACCUGAAAAGUAAGAUGCUGUCUGAGUAUCUGCGUGGUCACACACGAGUCCACGUGAAAGAAUUAGGUGUCGUCCUGGGGAUUGAAUCAAACGACCUGCCUCUGUUGACUGCUAUUGCCAGUACUCAUUCUCCUUACGUCGCUCAGAUACUCUUAUAA